AUGAGUUUCACUGUCGAUCCGCGCCGCAAAGAGAAAAUAGUUCGCUAUAAGGCGCCCAAGAAUCAAGGACAAAGCGGCGGCGUCAAUGAAGACAUGAUGCCGGACUAUAUGAAUAUACUGGGCAUGAUUUUCUCCAUGUGCGGUCUGAUGAUGAAGCUCAAGUGGUGCGCCUGGUUUGCGCUCUACUGCUCCUGCAUCAGCUUCUCCAGUUCUCGCGCCAGCGACGAUGCCAAACAGGUGCUGUCCUCGUUCAUGUUGAGCGUGAGUGCUGUUGUCAUGUCAUAUCUACAGAAUCCAGCUGCGAUGACACCGCCCUGGGCGUCAUAAUAAUUCCAAUAUUUCCACUUUUUGUUCUUUUUCUGAUCUGCUAGUUUAAUGAAUGGAACUUUAUUUCACUCCAGAAAUCAAAUGACAGUUGCUUGGGGUAUAGAGCAAAUUAAAUAAAUUAACCACAGAA